UCUUUCCUCAUAUUGGUCCCACUUUUCAUGCCAUCAUCUUCCUAUAAAUUCAAUCCAUUUCUCACACAACAUUCUUCAGUUCUCCUAUCAUAACAAACUCUUACCAUAUAUAAUAAUUUCCAACAAUAUCUUGAAACUUGUAGCCAUGGUUCCUAGUGAUAUUAAUGGACUCAAUUAUAUAGUUCCUCCUGAGAAUUCAUUCCAAAUUCCUCAAAACUAUGUUUUCCCACAAAGUGAAAUACCAAAUUUUCAUCUAAAUAAUCUCUUAAGCACUUUACCAAACUGCCAUUACCCCUCAGCAGGGCAUGAAUUUGCACCUCCUUCAUGUCUAAGCAGCAACUCAACUACUUCCGAUGAAGCCGAUGAGCUUCAGUUCAACAACGUGAUCGACGAAAGGAAGCACCGGCGAAUGAUAUCCAACAGAGAAUCAGCAAGGAGAUCAAGGAUGAGGAAACAAAAACACUUGGAUGAACUCUGGUCACAAGUGGUAAGACUCAGGACUGAGAAUAAUAAUCUUGUUGACAAACUCAAUCAUGUUUCUGAGUCACAUGACAGAGUUGUUCAAGAGAAUGCACGCCUUAAGGAAGAAACUUUCGAUCUUCGCCAAAUGGUAGCUGAUAUGCAAAUUGGUAACUCUUUUCCUUGCAAUAUGGAAGAUUUUUCUGAAAUUCCAUGCACCACCACUUCACAACUCAAUGAUGACUCCUCAAAACCAAUCAAUUCCACAUGAUUGAGAUUAUGAGAUGAGACUAUUUUGAUGUUUCUAAAUAUAUAUGAAUUACUCUAUCUUCCUUUUACUUACUACUCUUGUAUCAUCCAUUCAGUGAUUGUACUUGUACUUGUCCCUUCUUUGGACAUGUAUAAAUUUUACAAGGAUAAUAUAUAUGAAAUAAAAGAUUUAGAUGUUGAUGUUUAUUAACAAAUUUUAAGUUUACGUCUAUUGUACAGAACAAAUAAACAGUUGUUUUUUUCACAUAUCGCCGCAUACUUAUCCA